UACAACUCCUAGUUAAAUCUACAUUCUAUACAGCUAUUUACACAAAACAAUAAAUAGUCACCAUGAAUAUAGAUCUGCGAAUAAUUGUGCGUCUUCUGUUCGUCAUUAUACUGGCUUCCUUGAUAUCCACGAUUAUACUGGGAAAUCAGAUACACAAACGAAUCAUUGAUUCUAUAGUUAACCAAAAGUAUUUAGAGUUCCACAAAGCCGAACUGCCAACCAGUCUGCUUUCUCAGAAAGAUAUAAAACAGGAAAUAGGGAUUUCGUUGCCAAUAAUUACCUUAUCCCAAAGAGAGUUGGAUAUUUUAAAAACGCUCCCCAGUGGAAGAUUUCGUCUGCCCAAUCAAAAAGCUAUUAAGGAUUGGCAUGACAUAAAACAGAGUACAAUUAAAACCGGAUUAGGUAAGCAGAAUAUGGCAGGUGAAACGCCACAAGCUGAAGAAAAAGAAGAUGCGGAAAUGCUUUAUGGAUUUCAUGGCUUCAAUGCCAAGCUCUCCGAUCGUAUUUCCCUGAAUAGAUGCUUGCCGGAAGUCAGACCUUUAAGUUGCUGCCAGCGAAAGUACUUGAAGAAUCUGCCCAAUGUGACUGUGGUUAUGUCCUUUUAUAAUGAACACUUAAGCGUCCUUUUACGAUCUAUUUCGAGCAUUGUUAAUCGCUCUCCUCCAGAGUUACUCAAGGAGAUUAUUCUCGUAGACGAUGCCAGCAAUUUUCCAGAACUGGGACAGAAACUCGAAGACUUUAUAGAGCUAAACUUUUCCAAAAUAGUUCGUAUAUUGAGGCUAAAGGAACGACGUGGUCUGAUUAAAGCCAGAGUGGAAGGAGCUAAAUUGUCCUCCUGUCGAGUUUUGGUGUUCUUAGAUUCCCACAUUGAAGUCAACGUGAAUUGGCUACCUCCCCUGCUGGAACCCAUAGCUGUAAAUCAAAACAUAGUCACCGGUCCCAUUUUGGAUACCAUCUCCCACAAGACCUUUGAGUACAUGAAGACCAGUAUGCUGACUCGAUCCGGUUUUAAUUGGUUGCUCCAGGUGAAGCAGUUACCUGCCUUUUCCGAAUCCAUGGGUUCUAUGCCGUACCGAACACCGCUUUUAGUGGGAGCCAUGGCAAUUGACAGGAACAACUUCUGGAUUCUCGGAGGAUAUGAUGAGGACCUGGACAUCUGGGGCGGAGAGCAGUUCGAGAUGAGCUUCAAGGUCUGGAUGUGCGGCGGCAUGUUGCUGUACAUUCCCUGUUCCCGGGUGGGCCACAUAAACAGAGGACCGACGCCCCCGAGAUCCAGUCCGAGGAACUACAAUUUCCUGGCCAGGAACUACAAGCGCGUGGCAGAAGUGUGGAUGGAUGAGUACAAGAAAUACGUUUACGAAAGGAACCGAGAUCUCUAUGACAAAACGCAGCCGGGAUUCCUUACUCGUGUUAGGGGCCGUAAGAUGCAACUUAACUGCAAGUCCUUUGACUGGUACAUGAACAAGGUGGCUCCGGAUUUUCUCAAAAAGUACCCGACAGAGAUUGAACCGUCGAUGUUGAUUGGACCCAUCGAAAGCGUGGCGUUCCCCGGAUUUUGUGUGGACGCACUGAACCAAAAGCACAUAAAUCCAGUUGUUCUCUCCCGGUGCAUUGGAAAUGCAACGAAUCCUGGCGAAUACCAGAACUGGUAUCUUUCGCAGGAGAAGGAGAUUCGGCUGCUGAGGGGAGACGAUCAUGAGUGCCUGGAAGCGCAGGGCAAGAAAUCGAAAUCCGUGUGGCUUUUUCACUGCCAUGACAACGGUGGAAACCAGUACUGGAUCUACAACCGGAAAACCCGGUGGAUUCAACAAGGUCAGAUAUGGGUUUGGUGCCUCGAAGCAGCUUUUCCCAAGGGCCAGGAUGGCAAGGUUGGCAAGGUCCUGUCCAAUAAUGUCUGCGACAAAAGCAAUCGAAAACAGCAGUGGAAGUUCGGAGAAGUCGACGCCUAUGAUCCGCAAACACAAUAUCAGGGAGCAUAAAUAAAAAUACAAAAAAAAAACAUUAAAAUGUUUAUUUAAAGUCCCAAACAUCAAAUU